AUGUCAGAUCCCAAUAUUUCCAAUAUAGCAGAUGACCCGCUAGGUCCAGAAAGUGCAGAUGGUACUCUUGUGAUUAUUGUUUGUCGUGCAAAACAUUUACCAAAUCGAAGAAAAUUAGAUAAACAGUCGCCAUAUGUUACUUUGAGAAUAGGAACUACAGCGAAAAAGACGUCGUCACAUUUCAGAGCAGGACAAACCCCAGAAUGGACGCAUGAAAUUAGGUUUGAAUUGACGAGAGAUCGAAGGCCAAUAAUGAAGUUGGAUGUAUUGGAUGAAACUAAGAAUGACCCGACGCCGAUUGGAACAGUUGAUAUAGAUUGUUCGACGGUGUUUGCUAACCCGAAUAACGAGAAGGAUGGGAAAUAUAUUUUUGAUAAAUGGCAUGAUUUGACAUUGAAUGGAAGACGGGCCGGUAUGAUUUAUUUAGAAAUGACGUUUUACCCCAGUGCUCCCAUAUUACCUCCAAAAUUCACAGGUCCAUUAUAUAAUGAACAGGAUGUAGACGCAUUCCACCAUUCGGUAAGUUCCAGGAAGGAUUUACCCCCACCACCACCUAAACAUCCUUCGCAGGCACAUCCUCAUACGGUCGCAGACGAUAUAUUUGUCACGUCAGAGUCUGAGAAAGGACUGAAACGGAUGCCUUUUUUCAAGAAUUCUGACGGUCUGUUGGGGGGCCGGUUUUCCGGCUCCAAUGGAUCUGGGGGUGACGACGUAUUUGAGCCAGCAAAAGAUUCGAAUAGCAGCCCACCUAAAAAAUACAAGCUUAAAUUAAUGAAUAAAUUCAAAAAAUUCCAGAAUAAGGAGCCCAUUACGAAUAUAUGGCAGAAAGGAAAUGGUCAGGGAAGUCCAGAAAGAGGAACAUCACCUAUUAGCGAAUACAGAGUGGAAGAUUUUGGUGAAGUUGCAAAUGAGAAAAAAAAGGAAUACUACAAGUUGCCGGAAAUGCCAGAUAAGUUUAAGGAAUCAGACGAGGAAGAUUUUGAAUUAAGGCCUCCAAUACCGCCUCCGCAUUUAGUAAAUCAGCAAGCUAAAUCAGAACUUCCACCAUCGACCCCACCUAGUUCGAAGAAUCAACUGAGCAACCACCCAAGUAGAAAACCUCCACAAGAUUUGGAUGAUCAAAGUCAUAUAAAACCAGUAUCAAAUACCUCGAUUCCAUUUUCUGCUGAUACAAUAGGACUUGAUGAAGGAGAAGAAGAUGGUUGCGACGGAACUUUGCCUACUAAGGUUUACUUUUUAGACCAACAAGUGAAAUCUUUGACUUUUACAGGGAGAGAAGAUGCCCUGAAAGGUCAUCAAAUAAACCCAGAUGAAAUUGAUCCCAAAUAUUAUGCUCCUACUCCAAAUGAGCAUUUUGGAAGAGCCUAUCAACCACGAUUUUCGGCAAAUGGAGAGCAAAAUGGUUAUUUGGGAGAUGGAAAAUGGAAUAGAGAUCCAAAAUUUUCUCCAUCGGUAUUCGAUAGAAUGCCACUAAUUGGCGAUGAAAAUUUUGGGUUCGAAAAUAAACCACAUGUUCCGCCAAAAAUACCGAAAGGCUUAACUGAACAAGAAUAUUAUGUUUUGGAAAAGGAAAAGUACCUUAAGGAUGUGAAUGGAAGAAGGUUAUAG